AUGCUCGUCAAAUUUGUCUUCCUCGCGUCAGUUCUCGCCGUCGCCCACUGCGAGACCGACGACAACACGCUGCUCGCCAGGGCCCACAACCAGUUUGGCGUGAACCUGCUGAAGUACCUCGCAGCCCAGCAGCCCUCGUCAAAUGUAUUCUUCUCGCCGACUAGCAUUGCCGCCGCGUUUGGUAUGGCUUACGUCGGCGCCAGGGGAAACUCGGAGGCCGAGCUGGAUUCGGUGUUCGGUCACACCUUUCUCGGCCUUACCGGCCGAGACAGAGUGCUCGCAGCGUACAAAAACCUCUUGGAACUCUCGAGCUCGCCCAAUCUCACUCUGGACGUGGCCAACAUGGUCCUAGCACAGGUGGGCUUUCCCAUAUCGGAAAGCUACAAACAGCAGCUGCUCGAAAUCUUCGACGCGGAUGUGAGGUCUGCAGACUUCUACGGGGACGGUCGGAGGGUAGCGGCGGAAGUGAAUGCGUGGGUGCGCGAAAAGACCAGGGGCAAGAUCUCCGGCAUCUUACCAGAGGGUCAGCGGCUGGAAAUCGUGCUCUUCAUCCUGAACGCCGUCUACUUCAAGGGCGCCUGGGAGACCCCAUUCAACGCCAGUGAGACGGUGGACAAACCUUUCCUCAACCAGGGAACCAGCCAGGUGAGCAAACCGGCGAUGCACCUCAGGACAGAUCUUCCGCACACAAGAGUAGACGCCUAUCAUGCCUCUGCCGUCGAGAUACCGUACGAGGGUGACAGGUUCAGCAUGGUGGUCCUGCUUCCGGACAACUCCUCUGGACUCGCGGCGGUCCGGGACGGCAUGUCCCUCGACAUGCUCGAAGAUGUCAGCGGCAAGCUAAGCUUCAGAGAGGUCAUACUCCAGCUGCCCAAGUUUGAAAUGAGCCUUCGUUACGGCUUAGUGCCAGCGAUGAAGGCCCUCGGUUUGAACUCUGUCUUCGGUAGAUCGGCCAAUUUCAGCGGUAUCAGCGAAAGCGUCCGAGUGAUGAUAUCGAACGCUGUGCACAAGGCGGCCGUCGAGGUGAACGAGGAAGGAACCAUCGCGGCGGCAGUGACUGGGAUCUCGACAGUGUUUAAAUCGGCUAACUUCGACCCGCCGCCGCCCAUCGAGUUCAUCGUGAAUCGCCCCUUCCUCUACUACAUCAGAGACAGGAGUACCAACCGGAUUCUAUUCAUCGGAGAGGUUCACAAGCUCUGAUACGCCAAGGCUUUCCUUCACACUCCGAUAAGCCAGGACUUUCGAGUGAUGGAAAGGUGCCUCAAACAUUACAACGUAAGAAAACACUUUUAAAUAAAGUGCGCCCUUGUAGUACAUGUCCUGUUUCCUUAGUGAUAGUAGAAUUUACUUUUCUUGCUUUUUCUUUGUUUUCUUUUCUUCUUUUGGUCAUUUUUCUCUUUUUUCUUUCUUUCCUUGCUAAGGACGGUAAUUAGGUGGAAACAGUAACAACGUGCGUAAAACAAUGACAAAGACUUCGCUUGCCCCCCCCCCCUCCCUCCUUUCCGCAAUUUCUUCUAUUGCUUUUCGAUAUUGCUAGAAGCCUUCAACUUGCGCAGCCACGUGUUUUCACGCUUGCAAAACACUCUUUCUACAGCGUUUGGAAGCAAGACACGAUUAAGAAUUAAAGGACGCUCUAAAUAUCCCCAGAGAGAGAAAGAGGAUAGGAAAGGCAGGGAGGUUAACCAGACGCACGUCCUGUUUGCUACCCUGCACUGGGGAAAGGGGGACGGGGAUGAAGAGAGAGAGCACAGUUUCGGCGCACAGUUGAAGGUUCGCACCGAGUCUACACACCGUUCCCGAGAACUGUCGACUUGAUUUAUUUCAACAGCGCUUUCGUGGCUUUCCGUGUCAUCGACGCG